CUGUAGAAUUUUAGCCUAUUUAAAAUAAUAUUGUGAACUAUAAAAAAGUAAGUCUGUUGUAAUUAACAUAGCAUUUAUUUAUUUAGGCAUGUGGGCACAUUCUAUGACAGUACGGGAUUAUCAAGAUCUUAUAGAUCGAGGAUGGAGAAGAAGUGGGAAGUAUGUGUACAAACCUGUCAUGAAUCAAACAUGCUGUCCUCAGUACACAAUAAGGUGCCAUCCUUUGGAGUUCCAGCCAUCAAAAUCUCACAAGAAAGUUUUGAAAAAAAUGUUGAAGUUUCUGGUGAAAGGGGAGGUUUCCAAAGGAAAUUGUGAGGAUGAGCCCAUGGAUUCUGCAAUGGAGGAUGCUGUUACAGGUGACUUUGCAUUAAUAAAUAAAUUGGAUAUAAAGUGUGAUCUUAAAACACUUGGUGAUGAUCUAAAAGAAAGCCUAGAGAGUGAAGAGAAGAAGAAAGAAAAAACUUCAAAGAAAGAAGACUCUAAGGAAUUAAUUAAUUCACAAGCUAUAGAAGAGAAGUUGGGCUCUGGUGAGCCGUCACAUUCAAUUAAAGUUCAUGUAGUUCCUAAGCCAGGAUUUGAUCUUGUUACUGAAAAGGUGAGGGUGGUGAGAUCAUCUCCACCAAGUCCUCAAUUCAAAGCCACAUUUCAGGAGUCUUACCAAGUUUAUAAACGUUACCAGAUGGUUAUUCACAAGGACCCACCUGAUAAACCAACUGUGAGCCAGGUGAGGUUAGUACCUGUCUCCUUUGAGGACCCAGAGUUCAAGUCGUCCUUCAACCAAUCCUUUUCUUUAUAUGUCAAGUAUCAAAUGACCAUACACCAGGAUCUGCCUGAUGAAUGUGGGAAGACUGAGUUCACAAGAUUCCUUUGCAGCUCACCUUUGGAGGCAGAAAAUCCCCCUAAUGGACCAGAGUGUGGAUAUGGCUCCUUCCACCAGCAGUACUGGCUUGAUGGAAAGAUCAUUGCCGUAGGGGUGAUUGACAUCCUUCCACACUGCGUGUCAUCUGUCUACUUGUACUAUGAUCCUGGUUAUUCAUUUCUAUCGCUGGGGGUCUACUCUGCCUUACGAGAAAUUGCUUUUGCUAGGCAACUUCAUGAACAAACAUCUCAGCUCUGCUAUUACUACAUGGGUUUCUACAUUCAUUCCUGUGCCAAGAUGAAAUACAAGGGUCAGUAUAGACCUUCGGACUUGCUGUGUCCUGAGACCUAUGUGUGGGUACCCAUCGAGCAGUGCCUGUCUUCACUUGAAAACUCCAAGUAUUGUCGUUUCAAUCAGGACCCAGAAGCAGUGGAUGAAGGUCGAAGCAAGGAACCUGACCGGUUGAAGGUAUUUUACAAGAAAGCCAUCAUGCCUUAUGGUGUUUACAAGAAGCACCAGAAAGAUCCGAGCGAGGAUGCCACGGUACAGCAGUACGCAAGCUUGGUGGGGCAGGCGUGCUCCGAGAGGAUGCUGCUGUUUAGGAACUGACGUGCUUUGUGCCCUCUGCUUGUCGCCUCGGCUCCACCCUCCCUGCCAUGUACUGUUCACGUCCGCGUCCAGGAGACGCUGCAGCCCCCACCGCGCAGAUGGCUUCACGUCGACUGUCCUCCAGCCUUUUUGAAACAUUUGUGACAGUGCAUUUGUGAGAAUCCCAUGGUUAAUACAAGGUAUUUUUUAAAUGUGUGAUGACCAUAGCCCCAUAGUGGAGGUCUGUCAUUUCAGAAGUUUGUUUCUGGCACAAGAUAUGCUAAACCUCUCUAAUUACUAUUUUAGGAAGUAAAAUUAAGAAUUGAAUCCAAGUAAUCAUCACAGUUAUGUUGGUUUUGACUGUCAGAGGAACUCAGACUAUUUCCUCGGAUACACUGAGUUACUCUUACUUACCAGGACGAAGGCAGGAAGUGCAUCUUGUAGACAGCCAGGCUGUGCGCUCACUCAGCAUCACUAUUUGUGGUAGACCUUGAUGUACAGACACUGACAAGAGCUCAGGUUCACACUGAGUAUCUGUCUGUCCAGGACAGUCUGAUUCCUGUCUGAUUUGGGCAUCAUUUUCCUUCAAGAGUGAAUCGUUACUAGUGUUUCCUUGUGUUCUCAAAGUCACCUAGUUUGGACAAUAAAUUCUGUAACCACCCUAAUGACACACUUGUUCUGUCUCUAAAAGUCUAAGCAACAGAAGUUUGAAAGGAAAACACUUUUUGCCUUGAUUUAAACCUACCAGAAGGAAGUAUAUCUGUCCCCAUUCCUGGGGCUCUGGACACUUGUAGUUUAGUGAAAUCUGGUUAGCGUCCGGCUGCUCUCGGGGCUGGGUGCCAGCCACAUUCAAGUCAGUAGGGGUCAUUUUGAGCUCUGUCCCUUUUCUGGUCCCCUGGUUGUGAGUUAGGGAAUGGAUGUUGCCCUUGGGACCUGAAGCAGAGACUAGUCUCUUUUUCCCCCUCACUUGUUUUGUUGAGCACAGGGCCGGGUGCAAGGAGAGCAUUAGGCAUGGCGAGGUCGGAAGUGAGAGCAGGGAAGCUUUCUCUGCCCUUUCUCAGCAGGUUUCUCUUCGGUUGCCAGUGGCUCUACUAUCCAGCCCUCUUUAGACCCUUUUGCCCAUUUUUCUGCUUUCUACAGUUCUUUUUUAGAGCCAUAUAAAACUUCAUAGUUUAAAUCUCAUUACUGAUUGUAAACUUUUCUCCAAAAUGCACUAAAUUUUGAUAAACAUUAAUAGUAACAUUUAUCAGUUUAGAAUUAAAAAGGGAAUACCAUUUCCUCCGAUUACAAACAUCCUGUACUCUCAAGGAUGCUGGAGGUUUGUAAAUCACUCAGGAGAACAAUCUCCGAAGGAGCAGGCUUAAAUGACUAACUCGAAACUGCCUUCAAAAUUGAGAGAACGUUUCCCACAUUCAGAAACUAGUCUCUUUUUCCCCUCUAAAGUGAAGAUGGCUUCAUUUUAUGACUUUCAUAGAUACUCACUGUGAGCAACUAAAAUACUAAGGAAAGUAAGAAAGCCAAAGUAAUCUGAAAUCCUGUCCAGAGAGGGAAAAGAACUGUUGCUAUGUACACACACACACAUACACACACACACACACACACACACACACACACACAC